AGGCGAAGACCAGGGUUCCAAAACGGAACCGGAGCCAACCUUGCACGACGCUGGCCACAGCAUCCAUCGACACCGGACCCAAAAGAACCACACACCGGGGGUUGACGACGUACGUGUUGCUCGUGGGUAUUGCUCGUGGUGAGGGAUCAUGACGGGCACAUGGCAUCACCCUUAUCGCGGUGUCGGAAUCCUUGUGUGGUUGGUCUUGGCCGUGGUCUUGAUCGUUCCCGGCCUGGUCGCGGCUUGGAUUCGACCGACUAUCGCGUCGUCCACGAGAACGGUUCCUCGUACAUUCCGACUCGCCCCAACUCCCUCCACCAGUCGUACUCUACGACGGGCGACGCACCAUGAGCACAAUCCGGAUGCGGACCGGACCAUUUGGGACGACAACAACAACAGCAACAACGCACCAGAUUCUAUUCCGAUUCGCGAGUGUCGGCAUGCCGAAUUGGGAUCGGUGGCGGACAUUAUUCUGAGUAGUUUCUACGCCAACACCACUGGUCCAUGGAAGCAGCUCUACCGAUUGGGAGAACUCAAUCGCGUCCAGCAGGGGUUUCCCUACGGCGACGACCGGGCCCGGCACCGCAUGCUCGUGGCACUCGCACCGACCAACGGAGACCUGGUCGGCUUUUGCGACGUGGACGCCCGGACGCCCAAUCGACCCACCUCCUACACCUAUAAUCCGCGGCCGUAUCUUUCGGAUUUGUGCAUUCAUCCGGAUUGGCGCCGCCGGGGGAUUGCCCGGGCCUUGGUGCGAGCCUGUGAACAAUUCUGUGUCGACCAACUCGGGAGUCACGAAAUCUUUAUUCGUGUGGAACGCAGCAACACUCCCGCCGUUGCCAUGUACCAGAGCUUGGCGUAUCGGGAAAUAGACAAUCCGGAUGAUCCCGACGGUUGCAUUAUGCUCUUGCGGAAAGAGUUGGGUACCGACGAGGCCACGAGCAACACGACCAUGACGGUGACUGGGACGGUCGGUACCCACACCCGACCCCGCUAA